CUGGAUAGAUGUUAAUAUGCAGCCUGGUCGAGGGGUGAAACUCCGGGAAAACAUUUAAAGAGGGUGCUGAAGAGUCAACAUUGAUCAUAUGAAUGUAGGGACAAAAGAAAUAAAGGUCAUCAUGUUGAGAAAAUAGUUUUAGAUAUGUCAGCAACAGGAGCGACGAAGAAAUGUCCACGACGGAGCAACAGCCAAAUCGAGACAAGUAACCAUUAUCGGAAUGUUAUCGAAAAUCAGAGCGCAGCAUAUGAAAAUCUGUGGUAGAGGAUGACAGUAGCGGGGUCCACUGGAGCGGUCAACGCUGUCUGCACCCAAGACUCCUCCCACUCACCUGAAACAACCUGCCUACAAACCACAUGGCCCCGCCCACUCUGCUUCCCACAGCGACAGAAGGAUGAGCUCAAAGUCAGACUCCGCCUCCGCUCCCCUCCUGGGGCGUGGCUGCUAGCGGGCGUUGUCGUGGUGAUGGUGGGAAUGUUUGUGGCCGUGGCCGGGUAUGCAAGCUCCACCCCUAACCCUGUGGGUGGGCGAGGCAGCUCCCACAGCGAGCGAAUGAAACUGCUCGGCCCUGUCGUGAUGGGCGUCGGCCUGUUCAUCUUCAUCUGUGCCGGAACCCUGCUGUACGAGAACCGGGACCGCGAGAACCGAGAGCGUGAGAACCUUGAGAACCGUGAGGAGCAGGGGAAACGCAAACGGAAGAAAACAAGGGAACGGCGCCGGGAGAACCGUGAUUAUGAGGAUGUGGAACAGGGGAACCAGAGAGAACCCUCAGACAGACACUCCCCUCUCCCUGAGGAGUGCCUGCCCCCCCUGCCUCCCAGAGUGCCUAGACAGGAGGGGUCAGAGUUGAAUGUUCUCUCUGUGGGGGAGCUGAGCUCACUGCUGCCAGGGGAGGGACAGAGAGAGGGACAGGGGGGUGAAGAAAGAGUCAGAGAGGUGGGGGGGAAGGAGGGGUCAACCCUGCUGACCACAGUCCUGCACCACCAGGACCCCCCCUCCUCCUGUCCCUCCCCCGCUCCCUCCUCUGUGUACUCUGACUCCUGUAACUCCAGUGAGAUCAACUAUAACGUGCAGACAGGCUCCCCUAUCUACUCUAUUCACGAACUCGGAGACAUUACUGUACUCACUCACAUCUGUACACGGUUUUCUAAAUAAAUGCACCACAUAUUUCUCCAUCUCUCUCUGUGGUGUCUACAGCCUGUAGAUGCAGUGGAGUGUGUUGGCCAUCUCUCUCUACCCCUCUAGGACAGGCAGGGCCAGGGGGAGACAGGGCUAGGUGACGUCAGCUUGUUGUUGUAUAGUAAAGUCUCUCUCAGGGUGGUUUGACCGUAUUUGGGCUUGGAGAGGAUUCCAAUGCAGACAGUGACAGUGGUGCCAUCCUGAAUGAUGCACACACACACACACACACACACGCACACAUACAUGCACGCACGCACACGCACACAUACAUGUACGCACACACACUAAAUACGACCAGACAUUCCGCUAUGAAACAGGCUACUUUGGAGAACUUUGAUUCAUGCUGUUGUUUUAACUGUAACUCAAAGUUGUAUCUAAUAUUAGUGACUGUUUGUCACGGCUCUUCUCCUUUAGGGUUUCUGUUUACACACACCCAAACUUGGCUCAGGAGCUGGACAGAAAUCAUAGCAAUGAAAAUAAAGUGAAUGCCUUCUCACAGUUGGCUGUCCACAUGCUUACUCUAAUCUUUACUUGAGAUAGAGAUGUUACUACCCACUGGGCAAAAACUGGUUGAGUCCACGUUGUUCCACGUCAUUUCAGCAAAACAUUUGCAAAAAGUCAUCAACGUAAGGAAAUUGCGUCCUUUUCCCACCCAACUUUUAACCUAAAUACAAUGUCAUGGUGAAUUUGUUUUGUUGAUUUCACGUUGAAUUCACGUUAGCUGACAACUCAACCAAAUGUGCCCAGUUGGUAGUCUUUGUUUGCAGAACAUGUAUGAAGUAUAUCUUUACAGCAUGUAUGCAACAAACCUUUUGUUUUUACAGUACCCAAAACCAUUAGGAUGUUAGACUGUGGGUUUGAUUGAAUAGAGCCCACAGAUGCAGUAAAAGGGGGAGGAGGAGGAGGAGGGAGAGGGAGGGUGAUUUUAAUUGUCCUGAGUGUUCUCCUCCAGUCUCUAAUUAUGCUGUGGAACAGACUGAGAGUUUUUUAUUGGUGUUUCAGGACUGCAGAGUAUUUCCUCUGUUGUUCAGACACAUGCUGUGAUAAUGCCAUCGAGAUUAGUGAUGAACGCCAAGACUGCCUUGCCCUGCACGGCCAGACACAUCUACACCUCACACAGGCACAACACACACACACACAACCGCAUGCAUGCUUUCACGCAUGGUAAACCUCACACGUCUCUUUCUGUUUUUGAACCCAUUAACCCUAGUUCACCACAAGUGACAUUACCUGGGAUAAACCAUUACUUGGUUUCUGGCUUCUGACUAUACUAAUACUGGGAGGUAUGUGUUUUUGUGAGUUUAGUAAUGCAGCGGCUGAGUUAUGUGUUCAGUCAGUGUUUGAUUGCUGGGCU